UGCGCAGAGUUUAGAGCCACGUCGCUGUUGGGGCGACAGAGACCACGCUCGGCGGAAAGAGACCACAGUCCUCAUGGCUUCCGCGGACUCGCAGCGGGUCAGAGAUGGCGGCGGUGCUGGAGGAGCCUUUCAGCCCUACCUAGACUCCUUGCGGCAGGAGCUGCAGCAGAGAGACCCGACGCUGCUGUCAGUAGUAGUGGCACUUCUGGCGGUGCUGCUGACGCUGGUGUUCUGGAAGUUCAUACGGAGCAGAAGGAGCAGUCAGAGAGCUGUUCUUCUUGUUGGCCUUUGUGACUCAGGGAAAACGUUGCUCUUUGUCAGGUUGUUAACAGGCCUUUACAGAGAUACGCAGACUUCCAUUACUGAUAGCUCUGCUGUAUACAGAGUCAACAAUAACAGGGGUAAUAGCCUGACCUUGAUUGACCUCCCUGGCCAUGAGAGCCUGCGGCUUCAGUUCUUAGAGCGGUUUAAGGCUUCAGCCAGGGCUGUUGUGUUUGUUGUGGAUAGUGCAACAUUCCAGCGAGAGGUGAAAGACGUGGCUGAGUUCCUGUAUCAAGUUCUCAUUGACACUAUGGGUCUGAAGAAUGCACCAUCAUUUUUAAUAGCCUGCAAUAAGCAAGAUAUUGCAAUGGCAAAAUCAGCGAAGUUAAUUCAGCAGCAGCUUGAAAAAGAACUCAACACCUUACGAGUCACCCGUUCUGCUGCCCCCAGCACACUGGACAGUUCCAGCACCAUCCCCACUCAGCUGGGAAAGAAAGGCAAAGAAUUUGAAUUCUCACAGUUGCCCCUCAAAGUGGAGUUCCUGGAGUGUAGUGCCAAGGGUGGAAAAGGAGACAGUGGCCCUGCUGACAUCCAGGACUUGGAGAAAUGGCUGGCUAAAAUCGCCUGAGCAGAAGACGUGGAUUUGUGUGUGACUACAGUUUUGGAAAGGGCUGUAUCUCAGAGCUGAUAAAGAAGGGGUACAAAAUAUGGUUAGAAACAGUAUCUUGUUCCAGAAACAAACUACUGUUGAAACCA